ACACAUGUAACAUUUUUGUGCGAUGUCAAAUUGCAAGAUCAAACAGAGAAAAUAAAAGUCUGGUACUGUGAAUGGCGUCAAGCGUUUAUAAUUUACAUUAAUAUUUCCGUCGUUAUAUUUUGAUUGUAUAAUUUCUUCUAUGUGAUAUUCUUAACAAUAAAUGUAGACCUCUAGCAACGUUUUUAUUAUAAUAAUAUAAACGAAAAUGGCUGAAAAUAUUACAGUAAAAGUUGAACCGUUUUACUAUGAUGAAAAUGCCGAAGAACUAAAGUCUGAUCAACAAGACGACCAAAAUAAUGGCUGCUCAGGAGAGAUAAAGAUAGAGGAAGUUGUCCUACAGAUGAAUAUAGACUUUGUGGAUGUUAAAUCUGAAGUUGACACAUCAAUUGUUAAAGAUGAACCUCAAGAAAAUGACUUCAUAUUACCUGACUUAGUUGCUCGAGAUGGUCCUCCAAUGCUUGGUUGUGGUGUGACAGAGGAAGACUUAAACAGAAAUGCUGUGAAAGAAGCUAGGAACAUAUGCGAUUUUUGUCAAAGAGCAUUUUUAAAAAAAUCUCAUUUGCGCAUGCAUAAAAUUUUGCACAGUCAUGAAAGACUUGAAUGCCAUGUUUGCUAUCUCCGUUUCGAAAAAGUGGAAGAUUACAACGACCACCUACUCUCGCACGAUAGAAAUUAUUCUUGCUUUAUCUGUGGAAAGCGAUUCAAAAGCUUCUCAAAUUUACAGAACCACAAAAAACUUCACACAGAUAUACCAUUUUUUAAAUGUGAUCACUGCUCCAAAGAAUUUACACACCAAGCAAAUUUGUCGCGGCACCAAAAAUUGGGUAUUUGCAAGAAUAAACAUGAUCUCACGUGUCCUGUCUGUAACAAGGUCUUUGAAAAAGCCUUCUUCCUGAAGAGCCAUUUAAAAAAGCAUACAACAGAAAAACCGUUUCAAUGCGAUUUGUGUUCUAUGUUCUUCAAGCAUAAGUCGACAUUGGCGCGGCAUAUCCAACUGCACAGUGGCGUACGCCCAUACUCAUGUACCUAUUGCAAUAAAACCUUCUCGCACAGGGGUUUAUUAGAGCCGCAUUUGCGGAAACACACCGGCGAAAAGCCAUUCCCGUGUCCCAGAUGCAGUAAAAAAUUCUCGCACAAACAUAACAUGUUGCGUCAUUUAGAAAGGCACGCGAAGGAGAAAAAUCUUAAAUGUCAAUUAUGUUUUAAAGUCUUUCCGCGCGAGAGUAGGCUUAUUUAUCACAUGCGAUCUCAUACGAAUAGCAAACCGUUUAAGUGCGACGUUUGUAGCAAGAAGUUUACACAUAAAUCCAAUGUAUUGAGACAUUAUUCAAGAAAACAUCCCAACGAAAAGUAUGAGCCAAAGUUCACCGACGCGGCAGUCGCUAAACAAGUAUGGGAGAAACUAAUGAAAAAAUUAUCGAAAGAAGAGGUUCCAUGAAGCAACGAGGGGUCGUAAAUUUGAGAGAAAUAUGCAAUAUCCAAAAAAAUAUUGGUUUAAUAGAUGUUUAACUUUGUUAAAGAUUUUAUAAUUUAUUUGUAUUUUAUUUCUAAGUUUAUAAAUAUAUAUUUCAAGCUUGUAUAUUGGAUUAUAUUAGAAACUAGAAUAAUUAAUGUAAUUAUUGUUGUUAAUAUUUUCUAUCGUGUUUUGUUUUCGCUCCGAUUGCACUCAUUGCAUUGUGUAACUUACUUCUAAGUAGCAAAUAGUUUAAAAAAUAUCUCCCAAUUCUUGCAGUUAUUUUAGCAAUAUAAAGGGUGAUAAUAGUUGUUUUAGCUUUUAAGUUUUACUUUAUAUAAAUGAAUUAAUUAUAUACCAAAUGUGGGGAAUGAAUGCAAUAAAUGAAUUAAUUAUA